CACUGUAGCCUCCGCCGCCUCCGUUCGCCUUCGAGUUCUUCCUUCCCACACGUGUAUCUCCUCGUUGGGCCUCAGACCCUCAAAGAGUUGAACCCCCAGGCGAAGGCCAAGCAACAGCAAGAGCGGCAGCAACGCCAGCAGCAACAGCAGCACCAACAUCUGUUGUUGGUGGCGCUUAAAAAUAGCGAGCAUUCCACGGUCCACUUCUUCCUCCCAACGGACGCAGUUGCUGCAGCGGCAGAAGCACUUUUUGCCGCAGACGACAGCAGCAGCAGCAGAAGAGACGCUGCACAAGUCGGAGCAGCAGCGCAGCAGCUGCUACAGCUUGUGCAGCAGACCUUCGCACCCAAUGACUUUUCGUAUGUUGGAAGCCUCAUUUGCAACUUCUGGGGAACACUGGCGCGCGAAUCCCAGGGAAACCUUGGCCCUGGUGGGCAUCCUCAGGCUCCCGAAAGGAGCAGCAGCAGCAGCAACAGCAGCUGGGGUAGCAAGGGUAGUAGCAAUGGUUCGCUGUUGCAGAGGCUGCCUCAUAGCGAGCAGCGGGUACUGGCGAAGCUCUCCUUCUCGAGGAAUCUCAGCGGUGAUGUGCCCCGUAAGAUGAAAGCCGAGCUGAAUCGAGAUGGGGGGGUUUAUGCACUAGAGCCGCUGCCACCACGAUGGGACCCCAAACUGGGCUCUUAUUCGCUCCCCUUCUACGGAAGAGCUCGGCUUCCCUCUGCCAAGAACUUUCAAAUGGUGCUGAGCACCGGUACAGCCAAUCCACAGGGUGCGUUCGCCUCAAAUUCUCUGGGGGGGGACCUACUGCAAAACACCAACCGUAAUAGCGACACGAAAAAUCAGGACGCACUCGAUGAUCAUCAGAAAGAGAUUUUUUUUAUGCUUGGAAAGGUCGAAAAGGACGAUUUUUGCCUAGACUUCAGAUGGCCAGUGCAGGCACUGGAGGCAUUUGCGAUGGCCGCAGCGGCACUCGCAAAGAAACGUGUCGUUUCAUAA